ACGCAUUCCACUUCCUGGUGUGAUUGUCGGGGAGGACGCAGCGCUGCAUCAAAGAUGGCACGCUUUCAAACUCGAAUUGUUUCUUUUAGGAGGAAUAUUAAGGAAUAAAGCGACACUCUGCAAGGAGAGAGCCCGGAGAGCGGGUGGUAGCUGUCACGCUACGCACCUCUCGCUCUCUGAAACAGCUUGUCUCCACUCUGCUAAGUGUUAGCACAAACAGUAAAUAUUAGCUACUACUGAAGCUGGCUUACUUGUAGGGUGCUAAAAUGGCCACCAUGGAGAAACUCAUGAAGGCCUUUGAGUCUCUGAAGUCGUUUCAGCAGCAGCAGGGACCGCCGACUGCAGAGGAGCUCGUUCAGAGACAAAAAAAGGAGCAAGCAACGACAAAGAAGGACAGGGUGACCCACUGCCUGACCAUAUGUGAAAACAUCGUGGCUCAGUCACUGAGAACAUCUCCAGAGUUCCAGAAGCUGCUCGGCAUCGCCAUGGAGAUGUUCCUUCUCUGCAGCGACGACGGUGAAUCAGAUGUGCGGAUGGUAGCUGACGAGUGCCUGAACAAAAUCAUCAAAGCUCUGAUGGACUCAAACCUGCCCAGACUGCAGCUGGAGCUGUACAAAGAAAUCAAAAAGAACGGUGCCUCUCGGAGUCUAAGAGCAGCUUUGUGGAGGUUUGCUGAGCUCGCUCAUCUCAUCCGACCACAGAAAUGCAGACCGUACCUGGUCAACUUGCUCCCAUGCCUCACCAGAAUCACCAAACGGCAGGAGGAAAUGGUUCAGGAGACUCUGGCUGCAGCGGUGCCCAAGAUCAUGUCAGCCUUGGGACAUUUCGCCAACGACGGCGAAGUCAAGGUGCUGCUGAAGUCAUUUGUUGCCAACCUGAAGUCCAGCUCCCCCACCAUCCGGCGUACGGCAGCCAGCUCGGCCGUCAGCGUGUGCCAGCACUCGAGACGCAACAGCUACUUCUACACCUGGCUCCUUAACGUGCUGCUGGGCCUGCUGGUUCCGGUAGACGACGAGCGCCUGAGCCACCUGAUUCUGGGGGUGCUGCUAACUCUCCGCUACCUGAUGCCUCUGCUGCAGCAUCAAGUCAACACCUCCAGCCUCAAAGGCAGCUUUGGGGUCAUGAGGAAGGAGGCCGAUGUGCAGCCAACACCUGAACAGCUGCUGCAGGUGUACGAGCUGACCCUGCACUACACGCAGCACUGGGACCACAACGUGGUCGCCGCUGCCCUGGAGCUGCUGCAGCAGAUGUUCAGGACCCCCCCACCAGAGCUUCUGCACAUGCUCAUCACAGCCGGCAGCAUCCCACACGCCACCGUGUUUCGCCAGGACACGGAGAGCCGCGCUCGCUCGGGAAGCAUCCUGGAGCUCAUCGCGGGGGGAGGGUCUUCCUGCAGUCCGCUCGUUCUCAGGAAACAGAGAGCUAAAAUGCUUUCUGGGGAGGAGGACGGGUUGGAGGACGACGCUGAGAGAACUGAGGCCACCGCUGGAGCUUUUACAGACGGCUCCUCUUCUGCCCAGGUGGACAUCAUCACCGAGCAGCCGCGCUCCUCCCAGCAUGCUCUGCAGCCGGGCGACUCGGUGGACCUCAGCGCCUCCUCAGAGCAGGGUGGUGGAGGAGGGACAUCUGCUUCGAACACCCCCGACUCGCCCAACGAGGAGGAGAUGCUGAGUGGAAGCUCCAGCGGGGCCAACGUGACCCCAGAGACGGCCGACUACACCACUCCAGAAAACGCCACCCCGGAGGGAGGGCCUCUAGGAGAGGGCGGAGCGUUGCUCGGGACCAACGAUCGCUCCCUUCCACCCAGUGAUUCCUCUCAGACCACCACAGAAGGACCAGACUCAGCGGUGACUCCUUCAGACGUAGCAGAACUGGUUCUCGAUGGCAGUGAGAGUCAGUACUCCGGGAUGCAGAUAGGAACACUCCAGGAUGAAGAAGACGAAGGAGCGCCAUCUUCCUCCCAAGAAGAACCCUCAGAACCUUUUUUGCAGUCAGCACUCGCUCUGAGCAAGCCUCAUCUGUUCGAAGGCCGAGGUCACAAUCGACAGGGUUCCGACAGCAGCGUGGACCGCUUCACACCAAAGGAUGAACCCGCAGAACCCGAGCCUGAUAACAAGCCGUCGCGGAUAAAAGGUCUGAUUGGACACUACACGGAUCAGCAGGCGGAGCCACUGGUGCACUGCGUUCGACUUCUUGCUGCUUCUUUUCUUCUGUCAGGGCAAAAGAAUGGUUUGAUCCCUGACAAAGAGGUGCGAGUGAGUGUGAAGGCGUUGGCUGUCAGCUGUGUCGGCGCAGCAGCAGCGCUGCAUCCCGAAGCCUUCUUUAACCCCCUCUACCUGGAGCCGCUGGAUGGCGUUCCAGUAGAAGAGCGACAGUACGUCAGCGACGUUCUCUGCCUCAUCACCCACGGGGACCCCCAGAUCAGAGGAGCCACAGCCAUCCUCUGCGGAGCCAUCAUACAAGCUGCGCUAACCAAAACACGCUACAACAUUCACACCUGGCUGGCCAGUGUGCAGCGUGCAACAGGUAACCCUUUGUCCCUGGUGGACUUGGUGCCUUUGCUCCAGAAAACUCUUAAAGAUGAUUCCUCUGUCACCUGUAAGAUGGCUUGUUCUGCAGUCAGGCACUGCAUCAUGACCCUCUGCAGCAGCACCCUGAGUGAACUCGGCCUGCAGCUGGUGAUCGACCUCUUUGCUCUGUGGGACUCUUCCUACUGGCUCGUUCGCACCGAGCUCCUGGAAACGUUGGCUGAGUUAGACUUCAGAUUAGUCGGUUUCCUGGAGAGGAAAACAGAAACUUUACACAGAGGAGCUCAUCACUACACUAAGUGGCUGCUGCUGCAGGACAGAGUUCUGAAUGACGUGGUCAUACGUCUGCUGGGAGAUGACGACCCAAGAGUCCGGCACGUGGCGGCGUCUGCUGUCAGCAGACUAGUUCCAAGACUGUUCUUCGACUGUGACCAAGGCCAAGUGGACCCAGUGGUGGCGAUUGCUCGGGACCAGAGUUCGGUCUACCUACAGCUGCUGAUGCACGAGACUCAACCCCCGUCUCAGUUCACGGUCAGCACCAUCACAAGGACGUACCGAGGCUACAACCUUUCUAAAACCGUGUCUGACGUCACUUUGGAAAACAACUUGUCCCGAGUUGUAACGGCCGUCUCGCACGCGUUCACGUCCUCCACCUCUAGAGCACUGACCUUUGGCUGCUGUGAGGCUCUGUGCCUCCUGGCAUCGGCUUUUCCGGUCGGCACCUGGAGCACAGGCUGGCACUGUGGCUACGUUAGCGCUAGCAGCUUCUCGUCUCGUUCCAGUCUGAGCCGCAGCAGAGGCAGGUCCCUCAGUUUGUCCCAGACGAGCAGCGCUCCAGCGUCUUCAGCCGCCACUUCAUCAGCUCCAGACGCUGAGCGGAGGACUCUGACCGUAGGAAUGGCCAACAUGGUGCUGUCCCUUCUGUCUUCUGCCUGGUUCCCUCUGGAUCUCUCUGCACAUCAAGAUGCACUUUUGCUCUGUGGCAACCUGCUGUCUGCUGUGGCUCCUCGAUGCUUGCGCAACCCCUGGGUCGGAGAGGAGGAAGGCAGUAGUGGGAACGCCAGUGGGGGCCCAAAUAAAAUGGAGGAACCGUGGCCGGCACUGUCAGAGCGCUCCCUGGUGGUCAUGGUGGAGCAGCUGUUCUCUCAUCUCCUGAAGGUGCUCAACAUCUGUGCUCACGUGUUGGAAGACACGCCGCCAGGACCAGCCGCUAAAGCGGCUCUUCCCUCCCUGAGCAACACGCCCUCCCUCAGUCCGAUCAGGAGAAAAGGCAAGGAGAAGGAGGCUGCAGAGCCCAGCACGACUCCUCUGAGCCCCAAAAAGAGCAGCGAGGUCAACGCGGGCAGGCUAACAGACGGCUCGGGGUCCGCAGCAGUGAACAAAUCCACCACCCUCGGCAGCUUCUACCACCUGCCUCCCUACCUCAAGCUCUACGAUGUCCUCAAAGCCACCCACGCCAACUACAAGGUGACGUUGGAUCUCCACAGCAGCCAGGAGAAGUUUGGAGGACUCCUGCAUGCCGCUCUGGACGUUCUGUCUCAGCUGCUAGAGCUGGCCACACUACACGACAUCGGAAAGUGUGUGGAGGAGAUUCUGGGCUACCUGAAGUCCUGCUUUUCCAGGGAACCAACCAUGGCUACCGUUUGCGUGCAGCAGUUGCUGAAGACGCUGUUUGGGACCAACUUGGCCUCCCAGUGUGAAGGAGUCCUGAGCGGACCCAGCCGCUCCCAGGGAAAAGCUCUUCGCCUGGGCUCGUCCAGCCUGCGACCGGGCCUCUACCACUACUGCUUCAUGGCGCCGUACACACACUUCACCCAGGCUCUCGCCGACGCCAGUCUCCGUAACAUGGUGCAGGCUGAGCAGGAGCAGGAUGCUUCUGGGUGGUUCGAUGUGAUGCAGAAGGCCUCCAAUCAACUGAGGUCCAACAUUGCCAACGCCACGCGUCUACGAGGAGAUAAGAACACCAUUCACAACCACAUUCGGCUGUUUGAGCCGCUGGUGAUCAAAGCUCUGAAGCAGUACACCACCAGCACCUCCGUAGCCCUGCAGAGACAAGUUCUGGACCUUCUGGCCCAGCUGGUGCAGCUCAGAGUCAACUACUGCCUGCUCGACUCAGAUCAGGUUAAAAUCACUGAUCCUAGAACUCACACAGCUCUGCGUGCAGUAAUUCUGCUGACUUGGAUAUUCUUUGUGUUUCAGGUCUUCAUAGGGUUUGUCCUAAAGCAGUUUGAGUACAUCGAAGUGGGACAGUUCAGAGAUUCCGAAGCCGUCAUCCCCAGCAUAUUCUUCUUCCUGGUGCUGCUGUCGUACGAACGCUACCACUCCAAGCAGAUUAUCAGCAUUCCCAAGAUCAUCCAGCUGUGUGACGGCAUCAUGGCCAGCGGCAGGAAGGCGGUCACCCACGCCAUCCCGGCCCUGCAGCCCAUCGUUUAUGACCUGUUUGUGUUGAGGGGCUCGAACAAAGCCGACGCAGGGAAAGAGCUGGAAACGCAGAAGGAAGUGGUGGUCUCCAUGCUGCUCCGACUGGUGCAGCACCAUCAGGUGUUGGAGAUGUUCAUCCUCGUCCUGCAGCAGUGUCACAAAGAAAACGAAGACAAGUGGAAGAGGCUGUCCAGGCAGAUCGCUGAUGUCAUACUCCCCAUGAUUUCUAAGCAGCAGAUGCACCUGGACUCUCCGGAGGCUUUAGGAGUUUUGAACACCUUGUUUGAGACGGUGGCGCCCUCGUCUCUCAGACCUGUAGACAUGCUGCUCAAGAGCAUGUUCACCGUCCCGGCCACCAUGGCGUCCGUCGCUACAGUCCAGCUGUGGGUGUCUGGUAUCCUGGCGGUGCUUCGAGUUUUAGUCUCUCAGUCCACUGAGGACAUUGUCCUGUCCAGGGUCCACGAGCUGUCCCUCUCCCCACAUCUCCUGUCCUGCAUCGCCAUCCGCCGCCUGCAUCAGCCGAAGCCCUCCCCCAACGACCCGCCUGCUACCGACCCGGUUUCUAACCAGGAGGCUAAUGGUGAGGCUCAAAAGGUUCCGCCUGAGGAAACGUUUGCCAGGUUCCUCCUCCAGCUGGUCGGCGUGCUGCUGGAGGACAUCUCCAGCAGGCGUGUUAAAGUGGACAUCGGUGAGCAGCAGCACACCUUCUACUGCCAGCAGCUGGGCACGCUGCUCAUGUGUCUCAUCCACGUCUUCAAAAGCGGAAUGUUUCGCCGCAUCACCGCUGCAGCCGGCCGUCUCCUGAAGGGCGAGGGCUCCGGUGGACAGACGAGUGCCGAAGCUGGUCUCUUCUAUCAGUUAGAAGGACUCAACAGCAUGGUGCAGUCCCUCGUCACCACCCACCCGUCUCUGGUGCUGCUGUGGUGUCAGGUUCUCCUCAUAAUCAACUACACCAACUACUCGUGGUGGGCUGAAGUUAACCAGACACCCAGGGGACACAGCCUGUCCUCCACAAAGCUGCUGAGUCCUCACUCCUCAGGGGAAGAGGAAGAAGAAAACCCAGAGUCCCAGUUAGCCAUGGUCAACCGGGAGAUCGUACGCAGAGGAGCCUUAAUUCUCUUCUGUGAUUACGUGUGUCAGAACCUCCACGACUCGGAGCAUCUGACCUGGCUGAUUGUCAACCACGUCCGUGACCUCAUCAGCCUUUCCCACGAGCCCCCUGUCCAGGAUUUCAUCAGCGCUGUUCACCGAAACUCAGCCGCCAGCGGCCUCUUCAUCCAGGCCAUCCAGUCCCGCUGCGACAACCUCGCCACGCCCACCAUGUUAAAGAAGACGCUGCAGUGUCUGGAAGGCAUCCACCUGAGUCAGUCCGGAUCUCUGCUCAUGCUCUAUGUGGACAAGCUGCUCAGGACUCCCUUCAGGGUUCUAGCUCGCAUGGUCGACACGCUGGCGUGUCGCCGAGUCGAGAUGCUGCUGGCGGAGACGCUGCAGAACAGCGUCGCCCAGCUUCCUGUGGAGGAGCUGGAAAGAAUCCAGGAAUAUCUCCAGACCAGCGGUUUGGCCCAGAGGCAUCAGAGGUUCUACUCCCUGCUGGACAGGUUCAGAGCCACUGUGACCGACACCGCUAGCCCCGCCCCUCCAGUUACACCACACCCCUUAGACGGGGAGCCACCCCCCGCCCCGGAAAAGAUCGUGGCUGACAAGGAAUGGUACGUGGCCCUUGUGAAGUCCCAGUGCUGUCUCCGCGGAGACGUUUGUCUUUUGGAGACAACCGAACUUCUGACCAAACUACCUCCUCCGGACCUCCUGAGCACCAUGAGCUGCAAGGAUUUCAACCCGAGCCUGUUGUGUCCGAGCCUGAGCGUGGGCUUGCAGAGGUUAACGCGGGGUCAGGGGUCACUCCUGUUGGACACGGCCUUGCAGGUGACCCUUGAGCAACUAGCAGAGGUCACGGGGUCACUUCCUGUUCCACACCAGCCUUUCCUGCCACCGCCGGAACCGCAGCCUUACUGGAACCAGCUGGGUGGCGUGUACGAUGAUCCAAGUUUUUAUCCCAAGGUUCUGUCGCUCUGCCGAGCGUUGUCCCAGUACCUGCUGGGCGUCGGCCAGCUGCCGCCAUCGUUGCAGAUCCCCCCCGAUAAGGAGCAGCUCAUCACCACGUUCACCUGCACGGCUGCUGAGGUGGUGGCGUGGCAGCUGCUCCAGGACCGGCUGCCCCUGAGUGUGGACCUGCAGUGGGCUCUGUCGUGCUUGUGUCUGGCCCUGCAGCAGCCCUGCGUCUGGAACAAGCUCUCAACCCCCGAGUACACCACCUACACCUGCUCUCUCAUCUACUGCCUACACCACAUUAUCACUGCUGUGGCUGUGAGUCCUGGCAACCAGCUGCUGCGUCCAGAGAAGAAGCAGAAACAUGGAGAUGCUGAAGGAGACCAAGUGGACCUGGGCCAUGCCAGCAACGAGUGCGAAUGGCGAGCAUGUGAGAUCAUGGCCGAGCUGGUGGAAGGGAUGCAGAGCAUCCUUUCUCUGGGUCACCCGCGAAACUCUUCGUUUCCCGCUUUCCUCACACCGACGUUGGGCAAUAUCGUCAUCAGCCUGUCCCGCCUACCUCUGGUCAACAGCUACACCAGAGUUCCUCCACUGGUCUGGAAGCUGGGCUGGUCCCCGCAGCCUGGCGGAGAGUUUGGCACCGCGCUGCCCGAGAUCCCUGUGGACUUCCUGCAGGAAAAGGAUGUCUUCAGAGAGUUUCUGUACCGCAUCAACACGCUGGGCUGGAGCAGCAGGACUCAGUUUGAGGAGACCUGGGCCACUCUGCUGGGGGUGCUGGUCACCCAGCCCAUCACGAUGGAGCAGCAGGAGGAGACGCAUCAGGAGGAGGACUUGGAGCGUACCCAGCUAAACGUGUUAGCAGUGCAGGCUAUCACCAGCCUGGUGCUGAGUGCCAUGACCCUGCCCGCCGCUGGCAACCCUGCGGUCAGCUGUCUGGAGCAGCAGCCUCGCAACAAGAGCCUGAAAGCGCUGGAGACGCGGUUUGGGAGGAAACUGGCUGUGAUUAGGGGCGAAGUGGAGAGAGAGAUUCAGGCUCUUGUGUCAAAAAGAGACAACGUCCACACACAUCACCCGUACCACGCCUGGGACCCCGUUCCCUCGCUGUCCGCAGCCUCCACAGCAGGUAUGCUGAUCAGCCACGAGAAGCUGCUGCUUCAGAUCAACACGGAGAGGGAGCUGGGCAACAUGGACUACAAGCUGGGGCAGGUCUCCAUCCAUUCUGUGUGGCUGGGCAACAACAUCACUCCCCUGAGGGAGGAAGAGUGGGGCGAGGAUGAAGAAGACGAAGCAGACACUCCGGCGCCCGCUUCGCCACCUUUAUCACCAAUAAACUCCAGGAAACACCGAGCAGGUGUGGACAUUCACUCCUGCUCACAGUUCCUCCUGGAGCUUUACAGCCAGUGGCUGAUCCCAGGCCCUCCCAGCAACAAGAGGACUCCGACCAUCCUCAUCAGUGAGGUGGUUCGCUCGCUGCUGGCCGUGUCGGACCUGUUCACUGAGAGGAACCAGUUCGACAUGAUGUUCUCCACCCUGAUGGAGCUCCAGAAGCUUCACCCACCAGAGGACGAAAUCCUGAACCAGUACCUGGUUCCUGCCAUCUGCAAGGCGGCGGCCGUGUUGGGCAUGGACAAAGCCAUAGCCGAGCCUGUGUGCCGCCUGUUGGAGACGACCCUGCGCAGCACCCACCUGCCCAGUCGCAUGGGGGCCUUGCACGGCGUGCUAUACGUGCUGGAGUGUGACCUGCUGGAUGAAACGGCCAAGCAGCUCGUUCCGACGGUCUCCGAGUACCUUCUGUCGAACCUCAAGGCCAUCGCUCACUGUGUGAACCUGCACAACCAGCAACAUGUGCUGGUGAUGUGUGCCGUGGCCUUCUACCUGAUGGAGAACUACCCUUUGGACGUCGGAGCCGAGUUUAUAGCCGGAGUCAUACAGCUGUGUGGCGUGAUGGUGUCCGCCAGCGAGGACUCCACCCCCUCCAUCGUCUACCACUGCGUGCUGCGAGGACUGGAGCGCCUCCUGCUGUCGGAGCAGUUGUCCCGCGUGGACGGAGAAGCGUUGGUGAAACUCGGCGUGGACCGUGUCAACAUGCCGUCUCCGCACCGCGCCAUGGCCGCUCUGGGUCUCAUGCUCACCUGCAUGUACACCGCGGUUCUUGCGUCAGGCUCAGAUGCCACAGGGGUUAGAGGUCAGGCUGGCUCUGCUGUAGCCGAGGCGGUUGGCGUCACAGCGGGUCAUGUUGGUUUCUCCUCAGGCAAGGAGAAAGCCCACCCUGACCCCCAAGCCCCAGACAGCGAGUCGGUCAUCGUCGCCAUGGAGAGGGUUUCCGUGCUCUUCGACAGGAUCAGGAAAGGUUUACCCAGCGAGGCUCGGGUCGUGUCCAGGAUUCUGCCCCAGUUCCUGGACGACUUCUUCCCUCCGCAGGACGUCAUGAACAAAGUCAUCGGCGAGUUCCUGUCCAAUCAGCAGCCGUACCCGCAGUUCAUGGCCACUGUGGUUUACAAGGUGUUCCAGACGCUCCACGCCACGGGCCAGUCCUCAAUGGUGCGAGACUGGGUGCUGCUGUCCUUGUCCAACUUCACUCAGAGGACACCAGUGGCCAUGGCUAUGUGGAGCCUCUCCUGCUUCUUUGUCUCUGCGUCCACCUCCCAGUGGAUUUCUGCUCUACUUCCACACGUGAUCAGCCGAAUGGGCUCCAGCGAGAUCGUGGACGUCAACCUGUUCUGCCUCGUGGCCAUGGACUUCUACCGGCACCAGAUCGACGAGGAGCUGGACCGCAGGGCGUUUCAGUCCGUCUUCGAGACCGUGGCCUCGCCAGGCAGCCCUUAUCACCAGCUGCUGGGCUGCCUGCAGUCAAUCCACCAAGACGCGUCCCUCUGAAGGCAGCGCAGCGGGAGCGCCACCGCGGGGGCCAGAGGGACAUAAUAAAUUAGAGAGAUGUAAUUAGACCUGCCGCUCACAGACGAGUUUCAUCUCGUCGCCGAUGUGAGGGAGCUACUGAGAUCGGAAAGGCGAGCGAGGGUGGAGGAAAGUUUCUGUCCGAAUGCACUUAUGAAGGACACGAGCUGCUGUCCACCCGUCCGCAGCCUCCUCACUUAGUUGAUGUUCCCCUGAGGGCGUGUUCAUAUUGUGAUGUCAGUAACGUACAAUAGAAAUGAAGUAUUUACUGUAUAUAAGGCUCCAUGCGUUUAUUUUUCUGUGACACCGGGAUGAUGCAAAUACGCCAGAGACGAGACUGGGAAAGCGUAAAUGUAACGCCGUGAUCGUGACCGCGGAGCUGCAGCGGUGCUCCGUUCUGAGAGGAUGAGCCUCUCAGAACGGAGCACCGCUCUUAACCGUUUAAGAGCCUGAACCGUGUCUGCACCAGAGUUCUGCGAACGAUCGUGACGAAGUACCAAACUCAGUGCUUUUCUCUGCUUUUUUAAAUAUCCGGUAGCCGAGCUGUUUCUCCCGUGGUUUUAUUUGAACAACGAGCUCGUCUCUGUCCCGCUGCAGCCCGUUCGCUCCCUUAUGCAGAGUAAUGGAUUCAUCUAGAUCUUGUACUUUUUUAAUUCUCAGGAUAUUCGACUUUAUUAUUGUUGUUGAAAGACUGGAAAAGGUUAACGGUCUUAAUGGAGCACCUUCGUAUGUUGUAAAAAUGAAAUAAAUUGUACAGUAAAAUGUAAAGUGUUGCAUGAUGAAAUGUGAGGGUGUGUGAUGUGUCGCCAUCUUUCGUUUGUUGUCUCACACACACACACACACACACACACACACACACACACACACACACACACACUAUGAGCUUCUAGUGUUUGGGGCUAGCUGGACUCUUCCUCUGUGCGCCUGCCUCCGAUGACCAACAUGUAUGUUCUGUACACUGAAGCAUGUUUAGCUUUUACUCCUGUUAUCUGGCUUCCUGUUGAAUUCUGCGUUUCUGUGGCGGCUGUUGCCGUGAAGAAAAGUGAUGGAGUCCAGAGGAAGCCCAGUGACCUUAGCAACCAGCAGCAGCUUCGACAAAUCGCACUUUCAAGAGGAGGCGUAGCAACGCCACAUCGCAUCAGUUCUUAUUUUCUUCAGCUUUUAAUAUCAUUUUGUCUGAAAAAAAAACAUAAACAGGCAAAUAUGACAUCGAUGUCUGUGUGCAGAACAAUAAACACACUCAGCACUUCAAA